AUGGAUAGCAAGACAAUUGCAGCCCUCUGCCUCCUCCUCUUCUCCAACCUGUGCUGUGCUUCCAUCCCAUGGCCUGAGGAACCAAAGCCCAGAAUCUACCACAAAUUCCCCCGGAAGACGCCUCCGGCAAACCCGUUUUGCCCACGCGACACGGUCAAGCUUGGUGUCUGCUGGGACUUGCUCGGAAAUACGGAAAGGUUGCUCAUAGGUCAGCCACUUGGGAGCAAGUGUUGUGCUCUUAUUGAAGGCCUAACUGAUGUUGAAGCUGCUGCUUGCCUUUGCACUACAAUUAAGGAGAAUCUGUUAGGUGUCAAUAUCAAGUGGUCUGUGGCUCUCAGCUUGUUAGUUAGCCCCUGCAAGAAGGAGAUCCCAGAUGGCUUCAAGUGUGUUUAG